CGUGAACAUUGUGCAAUGCUUAGCUGUGCAUGGGAAGGGAUAGCUGAGUAGCAAGGAAAGAGAGGGUGCGGGGUUGAUUUGGUUGUGGAAUGAGUUUUUUUUGUAUUUUCGUUACGUUCUGGUGAUUUCUAGCGUUUAAUGAUGUUACUGACACGCUAUACCUGCAGGUUUAAAAAGUUUGUUUAGUCUUGUGGUAACGCUGUCCCUAUUCAGACGUGGUUCUGUUACAUGUUGCGCCAGAUAUUGAGAUAUUUGCAGAUAUCCGACACAUACUAAAAGGUAUUUUUUAAAUUUUAUAUUGUAAUGUUUUGUUCCUUUUGUCAAAUGAACCUAGUUGAUAUAUGUGCCAAGGUCCGAGCUAAAAUAAAUUCAGCAUUAUAGUCGAUAUCAAAAAUAGCAAAACUUGCAUCAAUGGACAUGACGGAAUGGAAAUGUUUCGUCAUCAUAGGACUGGUGUUAAUUAAUUAUCACGUAGGAAUGAGUAAAGCGGAAGAUAAAAAUACGGAACAACUGGCAGACCAUAAUGUAACACUAGUAAUAACUGACAUAGUUGAAAUGAAACAAGGGGCUGUUAAGCAGCCUGUAAAAGAUUGGAGAGAUCCGCUAUAUCGCAAGAAUCAGCUUGCAAAUACACCAACAUAUUUGCGGCCAAAUGUUAAGGAAGUUUUUAUGUCAAUGCAAACUCGUGUAAAACGAGAGCUGCAAAAUAUAGCUACUGAAACUCACACGAAAACAGAAGAUGGUGACGAAAAUUUACCUGUGCCCGAAAAACAAUCAAUGAAUACGCAGCCCAUAAUUCGAAAAGAAGCAUGGGUAAAACCAGCACAGAUGCAUCUAGAGUUUCAAUCAAAAAAAGUAAAAGAAGAAAUCGAUUCCGACGCUGAAGAAUCAAUAUUAAUCCAAGAGGGCAUAAAGUCACGUGCUCCAAAAGUAAACUUUAUCACACAACAAAGAAAAAGUGGUUUCACGCCAUCAGACACUCUGGAAAGAACGAAUGAUAAGUUGAUACAAGAGUUGUAUAAGAAACCACAGAGAAGUCUGAACUAUGAACAUCCAUGGACAUAUGAUUCAUUUAUGGCCACAUCUCAAUCUCCGAUGUAUCCUCAAAUUCACAACAAGUACGAUUCAUUUCAUCGUGACAUGAUUAACCGCAUGCAUCCUCCAGCACCGCAUCACUUUGACCAUUACUACGAGCGUCGGCAUGACGUAGAAUACGAUUCGUAUUUCCCUCGAUACAAAUUUCCUUAUUAUUACUAUUAUCCGGAUAUGCGUUAUGACGUUCCGUUGCACUAUAGAGAUAGGAACAAUCUUUACCCAACUGAACAGUUGACACGCGCCAUUCCUUCAUAUAACAGACCUUUGCCAACCACCGUGGUUCCGCCAACAAUGCGUAAUCGUCGUAUAAUAUAUUUCGCAACAUUGCCGGAAAUAGUCCGUAAACAUCCAAAAGAGAACAUCAUGAACGAUCGUUUAUAUCAAGGAGAUCGAUAUAGUACUUAUACUAUGAAAUAUUUCUAUCCCUCGAGCGCCUACAAAUAUCCUCGGCCUGCAAAAAAAGCAAACAAAGAUGAUAAGUACGUCAGUUCGAAGCCAAUAAAAAUUGUACGUGAGGCAGAUGUCAUUGAAAAUAGACAAUCUUCAAUAAGAGAUCUACAGAAAAUUAAUCUAGAGCUACAACCAAAAACAUCGGCUAACUUUCGAGGAUGAAUGAAUGCAUCGUUCGACGCAAGAACAUCUUUGCUCGGAAUGAGGCGAUUUUCAUGAUGAUAAUUUUAUUAUGCGUGGAUCGUUCUUCGUAAUUAAUUUUAUGUAUGUAGUAUGUUAUUUUUCUGAUAAUAAGCGCAACUACGUGCAGUAAUUUAGUUCAUUUUUUCUGUGUAUUUUUUUUUUCAAAUAAGUUUUAACGGUAUGUUCUGAAUUACAAACUAUAUUAUCUGAAACUUAAACACUUUGCAAAUUACAGUUCACAAAUAUGAAAUUGCAACAUGUGCGUCGAAUUUCUUUUAAAAAAAGUUAAGAAAGGAACCCGUAAGCUUUUAUCGUUCAUGUUUUUCAUAAGUUUAACAGUCGCUGUUAGCGACACUUGGUUGCAUUUGGUACAGUAACAUAAUUUCAUAUAUAUUUUUUUAGAAAAUGUUCAUAUUAAUGGUUCAUAGUUUCAGCAACCUUCUUCUUUUUUGGCGCAACAAUUAUUAUCGGUCAAGGUUUGCCUGUAUGUCUGAGAGCUGCAUAUCUCGGGAACAGACUGUAAUUCAUUGAAGAACCCCUUUUUUUAAUUAUCGAAAUUUUAAAUUUUGCACAUAUUAUAGUUAGUUGGGUUUCGGUGUGGUUUUCUUGCGUGUGCCUUAUUAAUUAUGUCAAUCCUUUGCAAUCGUCGUUGGCGAAAAAUGUACGAUAAUUAUCAAACAUCGCGAAAGAAUUUCACGCUUUUAUGUACGUGUCCACGUACUUCGGAAUCAUUGGAUCAUUAGUUUUCAACAAUAAUGAUGAAGUUUGAACAUUAAUUUGAUAACGUGGGAGAGGUGGGCAAAAUACAAAACGGAACAUGCUAUUUUCUGUUUUUUUUUUACACGUGGCAAUUAUGUUUUGCUUUCGUCAUUUACUUAAUUCCCAUUUAGUUUCCGAAAUCUUACGAUAGCGAUUGGCGUUUAUUCGUUAAUUAUUUUUUCCUCAAUGCUAUUAUUACGUGUUUGAUUUUGUUUGGUGGGGCGUGUCGCUUGUGAAGAGGAUACUAUAAAGUUUGCUCUUGAUCCCAGUACGCCUUUUACGCCGCUACAAGUGAGCUGAUCUGCAGAUUGUCAAAAGACUUUCGGAAUGUUGGUUAUGUGCAAUGCCAAUUAAUUAAAUUCGAAAAAUUUCACAAAUGCUUAACAAACACAUGCUAAUUGAACGAAUGCAUGUAUUACAGGGGGUUCCAAGCUACUUUCGAAUGAAAACAUUGUUUUACAUCGCGUGCAAGAAGUUACAGGGGUUUCCAAGUCAUUUUCGAAUGUAAACAUUGUUUUUCACCGCGUGCAAAAUGUUAUUCCACAUCAAUCUGAUAUUUAAA